CUUUCUGACAGCCUCAUUUUUUUAUCAAUUGUCCAGACUCAAAAUGGCCGUCACAUCCGUUCUGUCGAUAAACAUGUUGUACGUAUUUCAUUUUGCUGCUUGGGACAACAACUUGUACCAUCAAAACAGCUACGUCUCACUGUGGCAGCCUUUGCUAGCUACGGAGUUCCUCCUACGAACGGCAGAGCCUGAAGCCUUGUUGGACCGAUUCAACCUUGCACAGAUCAGUCGAAAGGAAUUCUACGAUGGACCUUGCCAGCACGUCACCUCAGUCUAGUCUUGCGACCUCAUCACCAGCAGACCCUUGCCCAAUUGAUAUCAAUGCCAAGCCAGCAGAACUCGUCUCCACGAAGAGAAAAUAUGAUGCCUUCGGUGAAACAUUCAAGCAUGACAAAGUCGAAAAUGAGAAGAAAGUCAUAGGUCGGCCAAAGAAUGCAUGGAGUUCAUCAAGAUCUCGGAAACUUGUCAGGUUGUAUCUGAUGACUAGUUUAAAUGUGGACGAGAUCGUGGAAGUUCUUCGUACUGAGGACUUUAUGCCAUGCAAACGAGAUGUUCAGAAACAACUACAAAGUCUCCUUCAGACUCGUCCCAGCAAGAUUCGAUCGCGCGGAGUAAUGACCAAAGUCAGACAUCAAGUUUUAAGAGAUUGUCGAGCAUUGAAUGCUGGCGGACCUUUGCAAGUUUUUCCCGAGCCUGGCUCGACUGCGAACUGCGAUCCAAAUGUACAUCAAGCUGAAGGGCAGAUGCCGACGAAGCCGGAAACGAGCUUUAUCUCGUCCGACUUCCAUCCUCCUGAUUUGACCACCAGUAGUACCAUGACGAAUAUUCGGGAAGAAUUUCCUUUUCUCAUACCACUGGUCUCAGCAAAUGGGCUCCUCCUAAGGUCAGAUCUACUCCUACGUCAACCAUUCCGAGCGAGCAUUUUGAGCACCGACAAUCUGCGGAAAAGAUUAGCACCCAAAACAGAAUCCUUCAUUGGCGACGUUAUCUCCGUGUUACAGAAUUAUACCAUCUCUGAAUCCACGUAUAUCCCUAGAACGGUCGAUUCACAGAGAUCGUGGACAGCUUCAUUCAGUUCAUCAUCACUAGAUAUUUACUCAAGGAAUAUUAGACUCCAUACUCAAGCACCAUUUAUUUCUCAGGAAAAAGUUCUGUUGGAGCAUGGGCUCCUUCUCCCGGGACGCCUCAGAGAUUUCGAACCUGUUCAUCCUAACAGAACAUCAAUCUGGGGACGGGCCAAAGAGUCCAUUGAAACGUCCAACUUUGCGCCCCGCGAUUCGGUGUCUACUUUUAUCGGAGUUAGUGGUAAUCAGAGCAUAAAAAGCUCCCACGAUGAUUCGUUUGGCCAUAAUGCUCUUCAUAUCGCCGCUGCUUCAGGACAAAGAUCGAAAUACUUGUUAAACCUCAUCGAUCGUGGAAUAGAUUUUCGAGCUCGGAACUCUGCUGGAGAAACGUUUCUGCAUCUUGUGAAGAACAUAGCUUCUGGAGAUUUUGUGUAUCUGGAUGCUUUGUUACUAAGGCUUCAACUAGAAGGAUUCGAUUUCUCUUGUCGCGAUGACCACGGUCAAACACCCCUCCAUAACCUCACCCGCCAGUGGUUAGACAAGGAAGCCUUUUGCGGCAUUGCAAAGACUCUGCUAUCUUACGAAAUCGAUUUGCCACGUUCGCGGGAUAAUCUUGGACGCACCAUCCUAGGACAAAUGAUUGAUGUUGGACUCGAGAUACGAGCCCUUCAGAUGCUCCAAGAACAAGACCGUUCCCGCGAUUCCGCAGAAAACAACAAGAUUCAAGCUCAAGAGAAUGAGACAGGUCAUUCUCACUAUGACGCACAUAAGGGCUCUGUUUCAAACUAUGGUACUCCCACACUCUUCGAGCCACAAGGAGAUAUUCAGCUAUAUGAAAUUCACGCCGACUUGCUGCGAACGAUAUUAAGAGCAAACACUUCUCCACACUACGAAGACGAUCAAGGACGUAAUGGGCUUCAUUGCCUUGCAGCGGUUUGUCUGACCUUGCCCAUUCCGUAUCCUCUCCCAUCAAGCAAAAGCAAUGAACAGACUCGACGCGAAGCCUACCUAUCCGAUCUUCUCGCAGCAGGCGUGGAUCCCGACAAUUGCGACAACGCAGGCAACACUCCUCUCAUGGCGUUCAUCACUCACAACCAAGACCACGAUGCCACUACAGUAAAGAUAUUAUCCCGUCUUCACGAUGCUGGGGUCAACCUGAACCGCCGAGAUAGGGCUGGACAAACGCCGUUGCAUUUGUCUGUCAGCUUGGGUAGGACCGCAGUGACGAGCUUUCUUCUGGCCCAAGGUGCUAAUGUACAUGCGAGGGAUAGUAAGGGGAGAAGUAUUAUUGCGCUAGGAAUGGCGAAGAGUCGAAAGGCAUUAAGUGAUGCAAAGUUGUACGCUCAAAUAAUGAUGUGCAUAUCUUUUGUAGUAGAUGCUGCUGGUGUCUCUGCCCCAACAAUUCUGCAAGAAUGGGCACUGAAAUAAAGAAACAUAUAGUUUCAGGUCUCCCUGUUUUCGACUUAUUACUGUGUGCGAAAUAUGAGGUUUUCAAAGGUGAAGACGGGAAGGGA